CCGGGGGGAGGCAGCAGUCAGUCAGUCAGAGACCGAGCGGAGAGGGAGACACACGGGGGAGAAAAGGGAGCGAGACACCGAGCAGACAGAGAGACAGCUGCGGUCCACCGGAGCAGACAGACAGGCAGGCUGCCCGGGAGAGAGCGCGUCACCUCGGCUGACCGUCUGGUCCCGUUACGCGGCGUCACGGCGGCAGAACCACCGGAGAGCAGAAGAUAGUGAACCCCUUCCUCCAUCUUUUUUAACUGAGCUUAUUCCACUGGAGAGGACACACAGCCGCAGUGAUCCCGCCACACCAGGCCUUGAGGAUUAAUUGGCUUCCUUCAUCUAAGCAGAUGCCCUAUUUAUUACUGUUUUCUCACAAAGCCCAUGGAUUUCAUUGAGCGUGUUGGAGAGGCCUUGAUCACAGAUAUGUCAACACUGCAUCAGGACAUUCCCAGUGAAGAAGCACUUCAGUAGAAGACGGGAGUUUUGUGUUUCCAGCUCUCAGAACAUUUAUGACUAUGUUGUAAAUGCACAGGCUCCUAACUAUUUUCUCAGGACACCACCUUUCUGGACUAUUGUAGUAUAGUCUCACUUGAUCGUUUGCUCCAGAUACACGUACAUCUCCUAAGUAUACACCCCACAUUGUGUCACCAUGUACGGGAGCUCACGUUCCAUCUCAAAGCUGGAUGUUGUGGGAUCCAAUGGAAACGGGUCGGUUUCUGGGAGUCCCGGUCGCUCCCCACGCCUCCCUCGCUCCCCACGCCUCGGACACAGGAGAAACAGCAGCACCAGCUCCACCGGCGGACUAACUGGCUCUGGUAAAACCCUGUCCAUGGAGAAUAUUCAGUCUCUUAACGCCGCCUACGCCACAGGAGGUCCUAUGUACUUCGCGGACACAGUUGAUGACCCGAUCGGGAUUGGGAGUCUGGGCAGUGGGCUGAAUCCCUCACUGCCCAAAAGCACCAUGACCUUGGGGAGGGCUGGUGCCAGGCUACCUUAUGGAGUGAGGGCGGCAAUUAUGGGCAGCAGUCCUAAUAUAAACAUUGGAGGUGUAGGUUGUGGAGCGCUCAUGCCUUCUGAUGCUAUAGCGUUUGGAGGAGAGAUGCCAAACCAGCCUCCACAGGCAGCUACUGUUCCCCACUCCAUGAGACAGGUGAGAGACGGAGCCAUGUCGGACCUUCAAACACAGCUAAGAGAAGUGCUGAGAGAGAACGAGCUGCUACGCAGAGAACUGGAGGCUAAAGAGUCCAAGCUGAGCUCCUCUAUGAACUCCAUCAAGACGUUUUGGAGUCCAGAGCUGAAGAAAGAGCGGGCGCUCAGGAAGGAUGAAGCCACAAAGAUGUCUGUCUGGAAGGAGCAGUACAGAGUCGUACAGGAGGAGACACAGCAUCUUCAGUGCACCAUCCAGGCUUUACAAGAUGAGGUUCGAAUCCAGCGCGAUCUCAACCACCUCUUCCAGUCAGACUACUCGGACUCUGGGCACCUCGGAAACCAUGCCUUCUCCCCUCAGGAAAUGACAGAGGACAACUUCCUGCGUCUCCACGCCGAGUACGAGCGGCAGGUCAAAGAGCUCUUCCUCCUGAGGAAGACGGUGGAAGAAAUGGAGCUGAGGAUAGACACACAGAAACACACACUGACUGCCAGGGAUGAGUCAAUAAAGAAGUUACUGGAAAUGCUGCAGAGUAAAGGCCUGUCGUCACGGGCAACAGAGGAGGACCACGAACGUACGAGGCGACUGGCCGAUGCUGAGAUGACCAUUCACCAGCUGGAGGGCCUGCUGGAGCGAAAAGACAAGGAGAUGCUGCAACUCAGAGAGGAGCUGCACAGGAGAUAUGAAGCAGCUCCAGAGUCGACGAAGACCAAGGCCCUGCAGACAGUCAUCGAGAUGAAGGAUGCAAAGAUCAGCUCGAUGGAGCGUGGCUUGAGGGAGCUGGAGGAGGAGGUGAACAUGCUCAAGUCCAACGGAGCUCUGAGCAGCGAGGAAAGGGAGGAGGAGAUCAAACAGAUGGAGGUCUACAGAUCCCACUCCAAGUUCAUGAAGAACAAGGUUGAGCAGCUGAAGGAGGAACUAAAUCACAGCCAAUCAGAGAAGGAGGAGCUAAAACAACGAGCCAAUGAGCAUCAACGGGAGGUGUCUGCAAUGGAGCAGGCGAAGCAGGAUCUGAGUCGUAAGGACAGCGAGCUGCUGGGUUUCAGGACCAAACUGGAGACACUGAACAACCAGUUUUCAGACAGCAAGCAACACGUGGACGUUCUCAAAGAGUCCCUCACUGCCAAAGAACAGAGAGCCGCCAUACUGCAGACCGAGGUGGAUGCCCUGCGUCUCCGCCAGGAAGAAAAGGAAUCAUUCCUGUCCAAAAAGAGUCAGCAGAUAUCAGCGCUGACCGACGAGAAGAGCACUCAGCAAGGAGAGAUCACCGACCUCAAGGACAUGCUGGACGUCAAGGAACGCAAAGUUAACGUGCUGCAGAAGAAGAUAGAAAACCUCCUGGAUCAGCUGAGGGAUAAAGAGAAACAGCUGGCCGGCCUCAAAGACAGAGUCAAGUCUUUACAGACGGACACGUCCAACACCGACACAGCACUGGGAACACUGGAGGAGGCUCUGGCCGAGAAGGAGCGAAUCAUCGAGCGCUUGAAGGAGCAGCGGGAGAGGGAGGAGAGAGAAAAGGGAGAUGAGAUAGAGUCCAGCAAGAAGGAGCUGAAGGAGUUGAGGGAGAAGGUUUCCCAGCUGCAGGCUGACCUGGCUGACCGUGAGACAUCUGUGUUGGACCUGAAGGAGAAGGCAUCUUCUUUGGCUUCCUCCACCCUGAAGAAGGACAGCAGGCUGAAGAGUCUGGAGAUCAGUCUGGAUCAGAAGAGAGAGGAGUGUGUCAAACUAGAGAACCAUCUGAAAAAGGCGCAGAGUUCAGCGACGGAGUCAAAGGGUAGCACUGAACUCUCUGAGCGCAUCUCCUGCCUGGAGCAGGAAGUGACCCGGCACAAGGAGGAUGCCGGGAAGGCCCAGACCGAGGUGGAGCGGCUGCUGGAGAUCCUGAGGGAGAUGGAGAAUGAAAAGAAUGACAAGGAGAAAAAGAUCCACGAACUGGAGAGAAAUCCCUCUGCUUCUCAUCUGUGGCGUUCUCAGCAGUCGCGAAAACAGGCCCCCGCCUCCGCUGCGUCUCAGCAGCCUAAGGGGGGGCUGGUGUGGGACUACCUGGGCACUUUUGCCUCAAGGCAGAUGAAGGACCAGUCUAAAAAGGCGGCCAACCUGAGGCACAAGGAGCAGCAGGAGAAAAGCAAGAACGCCCAGCUGAUGGAGGAGGCCAAGAAGAGAGAGGACAAUCUAAAUGAAAGCUCCCAGCAGAUACAGGACUCCCUCCGUCAUAAAGAGGACCGCAUCGAAGAGCUGGAGGAGGCGCUGAGGGAAAGCGUUCAGAUCACAACAGAGCGGGAGGUGGUGCUCGCCCAGGAGGAGGAAGCACGCGUACACUCCGAGAAACAGCUGUCUCACAUUCCACUUCAUGAGUUCACCACGGCCGGCUUUAGGUGGUCAAAGGUGGAGGACCUGCUGGUUGCCAUGGAGAGGGUGAAACAGGAACUGGACGUGAUGAAGGCCAAGCUGUCAUCGACUCAACUCUCACUGGCCGAGAAGGAAGGUCACCUGACCGCCCUGCGGGCCGAGAGGCGGAAGCACCUGGAGGAGGUUCUAGAGAUGAAGCAAGAGGCGCUGCUGGCAGCAAUAAGUGAGAAAGACGCCAACAUCGCCCUGCUGGAGCUCUCCUCGUCCAAGAAGAAGAAAACCCAGGAGGAGGUGGCCUCUCUCAAGAGGGAGAAGGACAGUCUGGUUCAGCAGCUCAAACAGCAGACUCAGAACCGGAUGAAGCUGAUGGCGGACAACUACGAGGACGAGCACCUGAAGGUCUUAUCUCCAAACACAGAGCUGCCCAACAAUCACAAACCCUCCCCUGACCAGAUUCUCUCUCCCCUCCUGGAUCUCAAUCAGAAUCGCAGCAAACUGAAGCUGUACAUCGGUCACCUGACCUCACUGUGUCAGGAGCGGGACCCAAUCAUAUUGCAGGACUUUGCCCCGCCCCCCUCCUAUCAACGCUCCGACUCCGCCGCCUGGCACACGCAGCUGCGGAGCAUGACACGGGAACAGUUGGAGGCGGAGUUAGAGCUGUGCGAGAGGGAGGGGGCGGAGCUCCAAGAGUACGCCAAUCAGGUCCUGCAGCAGAUUGCCGACCGAUGCCCCGACAUCUUGGAACAAGUCGUCAACGCCCUGGAGGACAGCUGCUGACACACACACACACACACGCACACACACGCACACACACUCACACACAGUCAGCCAGCUCCAAUAAUAUCCCCUGAUAUUAGAUUCUCAGUGUUGGACAUGAAGAUGAAAACUUUCUCUUCACUCAUCUCGUUUUCACAGAUGAAAAAGUGGAUCGACAAAAAAAAAAAAGAAAUCCAGAUAUAACUGAAAAAUAUUCGUCCACUGCGUCUUCAGUCCACAUUGUAUAUUUUUUAACACGAGGGGGGGGGCCAGCUAAGGGAAAAUAUUGUUCACCUUUCCACCCUUCAGUGCUUUGUUGGCAUGCUAAUUAAUUGGAAAAUAGUUUUUGAGACGUUAAAAGUUGUACUUUGGCAGAAGGAGCCUUCACCGCACUUGCGUUCGUGGACACGUCACAGCGGCCAUCUUGUGUCCUUCCAGGUGAUCAGCAGUUGUGACUUGUGAGCGUGAUGUGUAUUUUAUUGAGGAGGAAGGAAAAAAAAAAAUCUAACUGUAUUUGAGAGUGAGUUGAGUUUGCCAGGUUGUUUCUGAUGCCAGACUUACACACUGUUGUCACACUGUCAUUUAUUCAGAUACGAGAGUGUGUCUAUUUCAGCUGCCUUUGUUUCUUUACAUCAUUUGCUGCUAUCGUUUUCACCUUUAGUUCCUUUUCUUGUAUUUUUUUUUUCCUUCCAUCAGGUAUCUGAUGAAAGGUCCCGGCUCGCAGUGUCUUUCUUCCCCCGGCCGUUGUGUAAAUUGUAAAGAGAGAAGUUUUAAUUAACAGCUACGCAGAUUUCAUCAGGGGAACACAACACUUUCAUCUAUUGUCUCACACAGCAAACGAAAAGCAUCAAACCACAAUAAGUCUCGCAAUAGUCCCUUUAUGAAAACACACCCGUGUGGAUGGUUUGUGUUUCUCUUUGACCUAAGAAAGCAACACAUUCUGUUGGGUUGUGCGUCCGCGCUGAGCUCAGAUGAUCCCUCACUUUCCCUCCUGUGACAAUCCCUUAACACGAGGAGACGUCUGAACUCACUCAUUUCCCCUCAUUGAAACACCGUCGGGUUUUCUUUCUCGGGAGGAAGGGAACAUGAAAUAAUUGUUAUAUAUUUUUUUGCUUUUGGUAAUAUAUGAAUAUAUAAAACACUAAUCUUGUUUAAUUGAAAAUAUUGUCAUCUCUUGGUUGGUAUGUUACAUAAUGUGUCAAGAUAUUUUCCCUUUCUUUGUGUGUGUGAUUCGGAAGAGAGCACAGAUUUGUUGCUGUACGUUGCACCUACUCGCGGCUCCGUGUCCACCAGGAACGUCUUCAUCACGCUCACUCUCUUGUUCUUGUUGUGUACAGUGGAAAUGACACUCGAAUGCAUGUUUCCCACAGCGCUGACAGCCCGAGCAUGGAUUUACACACUUGCAGCACAGAGCACAGGAGGAUCUAAUCGUUUCAAAUUCAUUGAGAAGCUCCUCUGACUGGGGGUGUUUUAGUUUAAGCUGUUUCCCAAUUCAGGGGCCGCAUUCCUCGGAGGAGGAAGACACCUCAAAAAGACAUAUGGAAGACAAUCGGUCUAUGACUAACUAAAUGGUGACAAAGCUAACAAGCUAGCUAUGCGGGUGGCUCCUAUAUGGACUCCGGAGGUCAGGCUGAGUCCUCUGAAUGAGGUGGCCCCUAAAUUUGGACACAGCUAUAGACUCAUAUUGUGCUGAGUACUGAACACAUGACUGGCGUUGGCCACAUGCAACUUGAGCUCUCUAAAAAAAACUAGAAACAUCCGGUGGACACAGAACCCAUAGACAGGGAUUUACACGACAUCCUCAAAUCUGAUUUGACACCAAACUCUGAUUAAAAACUUUUCUCCGCACCUCAGCAGUGUCUUAACAAGUCAAAAGCAACAUCAGGAGUUUAAUUUCAAAAGUGUUUUGGGAGGAAGAAUCUGGAGUCUGAUCUGGUGUAACAUUUGACACGCGAAGGUUGUUUUAUUUUGAAAUGAAACUCAGUCAGAUAUGAGCGUGUAGUUGUAAAUCCAGUGUUUAGUUUUGCGUGUUUUAUACUGAUGAUGUUUUGUCUUUGGGGGUGGUGAUGACUGGAACUCACCGUGACUCUGUCGUGGAUCGAAAAUGAAAGAAUGGAAAUAAAAUAUGAAUUUAUCUUUAACUUUU